AUGAUAGUGAAGGGUGACGUGUGCCCUAAAGGACAGUGUCCAUGGCAGUUGAGGGUUCAUGAGGAAAUCAGAUUAACAAUUCCCAAUGGAUUCUCACUGAAGCUGGUCGCUGAGGAAAUACUUCACAUUGUGGAUCGCCGGAUCGGCUUUCACCAUGGAAGAGCCCGGUGGAGUACAGCCCAGUGUCGUCACAUGUGGUUGCCGCAAGCCCACCAGCCACUCCUUCUGUUCUUCAAAUCUGCUGGCCAUUCCUUGCUCAACCCGCACUUAUUCAUGGGGAAGGACAAGGCUCAUAGGGUUUUUGUUUCUACCAAACGGGCAAACUCUGGCUGGUUCGAAGAGCUGAAGAUGGGUAAUCUGGAAAGGGAGUGUCUUGAGGAGGAAUGUUCAUAUGAGGAGGUGCGGAAGGUGUUUGAACACACAGAAGCUACAAAUGAGUUCUGGAAGUUGUAUGCAGUUAAAGAUCACUGCGAAUCAAAUUCAUGUGAGAAUAACGGGCUCUGCAGAACCUAGAACGCAGAAUCCUACGUGUCUGUUGUGCCCGGCUUCAGCAGACGCAACUGUGAGCAAACGAUUAAAGACAUUCCUGACUCCUGCUUGGAUGAUAACGGUCAGUGUAAGCACUUCUGCAUGGAGGAGGAUGGUCAGCAUAACCUUUCCUGUGUUGAUGGCUAUUUCUUAGAGUCAAAUGGUCAGAGCUGCCUGACAAUUGAGGCUUUUCCAUGUGGGAAGGUUCCUCUUCUUCAGGGUGGAGGUGCUGCUACGAACCCUCAGGUUGAUGUUAGAUCUUAUAUCGUUGGUGGAGCCGAAUGUCCUAAAGGACACUGUCCCUGGCAGUUGUUGUUGAAGUAUGGUCAGAAGGGUUUCUGUGGAGUUGUGAUCUACAAACCCACCUGGUUUCUCACAUAUGCAAACAACAUGAGAUCACAACAACUGCAGCUUCAAGGUAAGUCUAAGAGUAUUCAAUUCAGAAUCACCUGCCUGUUACCUGGUCCAUAUGGAUUAACGAUAUCGAGGUGCAUGAAGGCACAGGUCAUCCAGGUGGAACAGAUACUCAUGCAUGCCGGCUACGUCUCUGAGACUUCAGACAAUGACAUUGCCCUACUGUAUCUUCGCAAGCCCAUCGAUGUUUGUUUGCCACUGCGAGACAUGGCUGAGCACGAGCUGCGGGCCGUUAACAAGCACACGGUGAGUGGUUGGAGCAAACACAUCGAUGACAGGCCUACAUCACGCUUACUGCAACAAUGCCCCCCACGCAUACAGGAGUGCAACGUGACACUCACCAGCAACAUGUUCUGUGCCGGUUACAUCGAGGGUAAGCAGGACUCAUUUAAAGGUGACAGCGGUGGGCCGGUGGUCACCCGUUACUGGGACAUCACCUUCCUGCUUGUGAACUGGGGGAAAGGCUGUGCCCGCCUGGGAUCCUAUGGCAUCUACACACAUGUCUCAAACUAACUGCAAUCAAUGGAUCUAUGAACUAACGGCCAAUUCUACAGCUGCAACACAAUGAAGUGUCAAAGCACAUCAAAUCCUCUAUUUAUGUCUGAUAUUUUUAUCCAUCAUUUACUCAUUAACAAAUAAAUAAUUCCGUAUUAAUUGAAAUAUGCUUAUUUGGUUUAUAUUCUUGUGUUUAAUGGUGCAACUGUAUACUCCUGCUCUACAAAAUUGUUUAGCUGAAAUUCAGAUUCAAAUAGGAAUCUAUGAAAUAAGUUUUGCAUUAUGGCAGAAAUGUUUCCCAUGCAUAUUUCGCUCAUGUUCAUGUUGGUCAUGCUAAUCCCCCCCCCCCCCCACCCAAUCAUUAUGCUUUACUGGAGAAAUGUAUUUAGUGCCGUACAUGGUCCACACGCAAAUAGUACGGUGUGGACUGGCAUACACACAAACAUUAAGACAGCCAUUACAAAAGUGUUUCCUCAUUCCCAGUGUCCCCACAGGAUUUUGUGAGACUGGGAUGGGUGUACAUUGGUUCCUCUAGUCUAGGGGAUUCUGUGGGUAUAAGAACAUUUUGUUCAUUUUAAAAUUAAAUGCAUAAAUCUGUUGCAUUAUGAGAGCAGAAUCAAGUGAUUGAUCAAUGAAGAAAUAUGUACUCUUUCUUAAUAUUAGUAAUUGUAAUCUAGUAUCUGGACAUCCCUUUUCUGUCCAAGAUACUAGAAAAGGUGGUAUCCUCACAAUUAUAUUCCUUCUUAGAGAAAAAUGGUAUAUGUGAGGAUUUCCAGUCAGGAUUUAGACCGUAUCAUAGUACUGAAACUGCUCUCCUUAGAGUUACAAAUGAUCUGCUCUUAUCAUCUGAUCGUGGGUGUAUCUCUCUAUUAGUUUUAUUGGAUCUUAGUGCUGCGUUUGACACAAUUGACCACAACAUUCUUUUGCAUAGACUUGAACACUUUGUUGGCAUCAGUGGAAGUGCAUUAGCAUGGUUUAAAUCGUACUUAUAUGACCGCCAUCAGUUCGUAGCAGUGAAUGAAGAUGUAUCAUAUCGAUCACAAGUGCAGUAUGGAGUACCUCAAGGCUCAGUACAAGGGCCGCUACUCUUCACGCUUUAUAUGUUACCCUUGGGAGAUAUCAUCAGGAAACAUGGUGUUAGCUUUCACUGUUAUGCUGAUGAUACGCAGCUCUAUAUUUCCUCGCAGCCCGGUGAAACACACCAAUUUGAAAAACUAAUGGAAUGCAUAGUCGAUAUAAAAAAUUGGAUGACGAGUAAUUUCUUACUGCUAAAUUCAGAAAAAACAUAGGUGUUAAUCAUAGGGCCUAAAAACUCUGCUUGUAAUAACCUAGAACACUGUCUAAGACUUGAUGGUUGCUCUGUCAAUUCUUCGUCAUCAGUUAGGAACCUAGGUGUGCUACUUGAUCGCAAUCUUUUCUCAGAAAGCCACGUUUCUAGCAUUUGUAAAACUGCAUUUUUCCAUCUCAAAAAUAUAUCUAAAUUACGGCCUAUGCUCUCAAUGUCAAAUGCAGAAAUGUUAAUCCAUGCAUUUAUGACUUCAAGGUUAGACUGUUGUAAUGCUUUAUUGGGUGGUUGUUCUGCACGUUUGGUAAACAAACUACAGCUAGUCCAAAAUGCAGCAGCAAGAGUUCUUACUAGAACCAGGAAGUAUGACCAUAUUAGCCCGGUCCUGUCCACACUGCACUGGCUCCCUAUCAAACAUCGUAUAGAUUUUAAAAUAUUGCUUAUUACUUAUAAAGACCUGAAUGUUUUAGCACCUCAGUAUUUGAAUGAGCUCCUUUUACAUUAUACUCCUCUACGUCCGCUACGUUCUCAAAACUCAGGCAAUUUGAUAAUACCUAGAAUAUCAAAAUCAACUGCGGGCGGCAGAUCCUUUUCCUAUUUGGCGCCUAAACUCUGGAAUAACCUACCUAACAUUGUUCGGGAGGCAGACACACUCUUGCAGUUUAAAUCUAGAUUAAAGACCCAUCUCUUUAACCUGGCAUACACAUAACAUACUAAUAUACUUUUAAUAUCCAAAUCCGUUAAAGGAUUUUUAGGCUGCAUUAAUUAGGUAAACCGGAACCGGAAACACUUCACAUAAGACCGUACUUUCUACAUCAUUAAAAGAAUGGCAUCUACGCUAAUUUUUGUCUGUUUCUCUCUUGUUCCGAGGUCACCGUGGCCACCAGAUCCAGUCUGUGUCCAGAUCAGAGGGUCACUGCAGUCACCCGGAUCCAGUACAUAUCCAGACCAGAUGGUGGAUCAGCACCUAGAAAGGACCUCUACUGCCCUGAAAGACAGCGGAGACCAGGACAACUAGAGCCCCAGAUACAGAUCCCCUGUAAAGACCUUGUCUCAGAGGAGCACCAGGACAAGACCACAGGAAACAGAUGAUUCUUAUGCACAAUCUGACUUUGCUGCAGCCUGGAAUUGAACUACUGGUUUCGUCUGGUCAGAGGAGAACUGGCCCCCCAACUGAGCCUGGUUUCUCCCAAGGUUUUUUUCUCCAUUCUGUCACCGAUGGAGUUUCGGUUCCUUGCCGCUGUUGCCUCUGGCUUGCUUAGUUGGGGUCACUUCAUCUACAGCGAUAUCAUUGACUUGAUUGCAAAUAAAAACAGACACUAUUUAAACUGAACAGAGAUGACAUAACUGAAUUCAAUGAUGAACUGCCUUUAACUAUCAUUUUGCAUUAUUGAGACACUGUUUUCCAAAUGAAUGUUGUUCAGUGCUUUGACCCAAUGUAUUUUGUUUAAAGCACUAUAUAAAUAAAGGUGAUUGAUUGGUUGAUUGAAUUUAUUUAUUAUUUGCAUAGAUGUGAAUGUGCACUGAAAAAAGUGUUUCAUUCAUCCAAUAAAAAAAAAAUUAGGGUAAUGAUUCUCUUUAACUUGAGCCAAUGAAAAAUAAAUAACU